AUGACCCAGAACCACCGACCUUCCCAUCCUGCCCUGGCUCUCAGCUUGCUGGCUAUGCUGCUGGGUUGUGCAGCAUGGGCUUCAGAGAUUGUGGGGGGGCGGGAAGCCAAACCCCACUCUCGGCCCUACAUGGCGUCACUGCAGAUGAUGGAAGACCACUUCUGUGGGGGCACCUUGAUCCACCCGAGGUUCGUGCUGACCGCUGCUCACUGCCUGGAGAACAUGCCCCAGGCCCUGGUGAAGGUGGUGCUCGGGGCCCACAACCUACUGACUGCUGAGCCUAGCCAACAGCGGUUCUCUGUCACUCGCCUGUUUACCAACAACUAUAAUCCAGAGCAGAAUCUCAACGACAUCCUUCUACUGCAGCUGGACCGCCCUGCCAACCUCAGCGCCCAGGUCGCAGUAGCCCAGCUCCCCGAGCAGGACCAGCUGCUGCCCCACGGCACCCAGUGCCUGGCCAUGGGCUGGGGCCGCCUGGGCACCCGUGCACCGUUGCCCAACAUCCUACAGGAGCUGAAUGUCACCGUGGUCACCUUCCUCUGUCGGCCAGAGAACGUGUGCACCUUUGUUCCCCGUCGCAAAGCUGGCAUCUGCUUUGGGGACUCUGGCGGCCCCUUGAUCUGCGACGGCAUCCUCCAGGCCGUGGACUCCUUCCUGAUCAAGGAGUGUGCCUCCCGCCAGUACCCCGACUUCUUCGCUCGUGUUGCCCUCUACGUGGAUUGGAUUCAGUCUGUGCUGAGAAGCGCUGGGGGCGAGGGCAGCCCCUGA